UGGCUGCUGCGAUUGAUCCUGAUUACCAAGAAGAAAUCAGAUUGGUAUUACAUAAUUGAGGUAAAGAAGAGUAUGUCUGGAAUGCAAGAGAUCCCUUAGGGUGUCUCUUAGUACUACCACGCCCUGUGAUUAAAGUCAAUGGAAAACUACAGCAACUCAAUUCCAACAUGACUGCUAAUGACUCAGACCCUUUAGGAAUGAAGAUUUGGGUCAUCCCACCAGGCAAAAUACCGACCAGCUGAGGUGCUUGCUGAGGGCAAAGGGAAUAUGGAAUGGGUGGUGGAAGAAGGUAGUUCUAAAUACCAGUUACGGACACAUGACCAGUCACAGAACUGAGGACUGUAAUUGUUAUGAGUAUUUGUGCUCUGUUUUUUUUUAUGUGUGCAUCAAAUAUUUUUGUUUUCUUCACUUAUAAAAUAUAAGAUGCAAAUGGGGCUAGUGUGUUUUCAGUUGUACAUGUGUUAGUUCUAUCAUGUUAGAUGCAAGUAUGACUUUAUAAUUGUCUUUAUUCAGAGAUUAUGUAAGGUUUAAGGAGAUGUGUACAUGUGCCAAGUUGACAACGGAUGGACUGUCAUGGCUAAGACUGUGUGUCAACUUGGCUGGGGCAUGAUUCACAGUGUUUAUAUGUGAUCACUUCCAUGAUGGGAUCUGCUGUGAGUAGCCAAUCAGUUGAAAGGGAGUUUCCUUGGGGGUGUGGCCUGCAACCAAAUAUAAGCGGACCUUCUGGCUUUUUGAUAGCUCUGGAUCGUGUGGCUGCCUCCUGUUCAUCUGAACUCUGUCUCUUGGGACCUGAGCUAUCUGCUUGCCUGCCAAUCUUGGGAUUAAUCAAUCUUCACAGCCUAUGAGCAAAAGCCCUGCUCUCUGAUCUGCUGAUCUUGGGUUCACCAGCCCCUGUAGCUACAUGAAUAGGGAGAAGCCUCUAUUCUGAUCCAUGGACUUGGGAUGUUCUAGCCUCUACAAUUGAGUGAUCUGUUUUCUUGAUAUAAAUCUUUCUCUACAUAUAUUUAUAUGUGUUACUGGUUUUGCUUCUCUAGAGAAGCCAGCCUAAGACAAUGGGCCUGUCUAUAGUUUGGCUGAAAGGUGGUUUCCAGGAAUGGCUUCAGUUCCAAGUCAGAAGGGUUUCUUAGGGCCAUAGUCUCAGAGACUCCUCCAGUCUCUGUCAGACCAGUAAGUCCGGUCUUUUUUGUUCUACUUUUUUCUCCCUAUCUGCCUGGGACCCUCUGUUGUGACCACUGUUCUUUUCAUGUUCACCUUGUUGUGGGAAGACUAACAUAUGUUAUAAUCAAGUGUGAUGGAUGGAAGGUAGAAAUAUAGGGUGCUAUGGGAGUGUUGGGGGGUGGUUUCCUGUCAAAAGAGUCUUGCUGGGGAAUUCCCCCUGAGGUGACCUUUCAAGUGUAAGAGUUAACCACGUAAAAGAGGCUGAUGUUCUAGACAUCAAGGCCAUCAUGAGCGAACAAUGUGGCAUUGUUGGGACAAAGUAUAAAUGAGGGAGUGGUCAUCAGGGUUGGGUCAUGGAGGAUUUUGUCAACCCUGCUGAGGGGCUGUGAUGAUGGAGAGUCAUUGAAGUGUGCCACUUGGCCAGGCUUUUUUUCACUUAAACAAUUCAUUCUGGUGAAUGUGCAUAGAAUAGUUUGGAAGGGGGUCAUGACUAGAAACAAGAAGACCACCAGGCAAGCCAUGAUGGUGGUCUGAAUUAAGAGAAAGGCAGUGCUCCUGGAAGGAAGGUAGAAUCAACAGAAUUUUGGGUUUGAUUUGUUGGCGAUGGGUGAGGGCUAGAGUAAUGGAGAAGAAGUAGUAAAGAAUGACAUCCAUAUUUCUAGUUUGGAUAAAUGAGUGAACUAAAAUGCCUUAGACCCAUAAGCAGAAGACAUAAGGAAGAGUAGGUUUUGGCAGGAAGAUUAGUUCUGUUUUAGAUGGGCUUGGUUUGAGGUGCCUAUGGAAUACCCAAGUGGAGACGUCCAAGAGACAGUUGUAUAUGAGGUCUGCAGGUAAAGGGAAGAUAUCAUAGAGUCAUUUUAUGUGUGGAGAAACAGCAACCUCCACUUGAGAAGGCCAUAGGGAAGUGGUGUUCUUGGUGGGGGGCAGACCUCGUUUCAACGAAGGCCAGGAGAUGGAGGUUCGGUGCUAGAACGGAGGUCCCUCAACAAUUGGGCAUAGGGGUUGAUUUAUGCUGAUGACAAUGCUUGGCCCAUCCCCUCUGGAAACAUCUGUCCAUGGCCAUACCCCAGUGAGGUAUGGAGUCACAUAAACUUUAGUCUCAGUACAAACUUUAGGAAAUCUUGGGCCUCAGGAUUACGUAAUGCCUGGCAUGCAACAUAGAGCUCAAUAUCUGUUUAUUCUCUUCCUCAUUUUCCCUCAGCUGUUGGGCAGCGAUGUGUUAUGGUAGUAUUGGAAGGGAGAGAGGACUGAUUUUGGGGAACCCUCUUCAGGGUCUUGGGGGCAUGUCCAAUGCUUCACCAGGGCUGCAAGGGAGCUGAUUUGCAUUGUUAGAACAUUGUCUUCUACCCAUCCCUUCUCUUCCUUUCUCAGGGGUGCAUUCGGGCCCUGUCUCUCUUCUUCUGAGGAGUAGGCAUUUGUGACUGGUCGAGCAGGGCUGGUGAGCCACCUGCCACCUCCAAGCACAGCUCUAAGCCAGCGUGGUGGGGGCUCUGCUUCUGACACCAGCAUGAAAGCCAGGAACUGGGCUCCCAGAAGGUGGCUGUGCCCGAAUGGGAGCAUGAUGCUCGCCUUCGUCUCUCUGCUCAGUUGCUUGCUGGCCACCAGUGAGGCCAAAGUCUACAGCCGCUGUGAGCUGGCCCGAUUGCUACAGGAAUUCGGUCUGGAUGGAUACCGUGGAUACAGCCUGGCUGACUGGAUCUGCCUUGCUUACUUCACAAGUGGCUUUAACACAGCUGCUGUGGACCAUGAGGCAGAUGGAAGCACCAACAAUGGCAUCUUCCAGAUCAGCAGCCGGAAGUGGUGCAACAACUUCGAUUCGAAGGCCCCCAACCUGUGCCGGAUGUACUGUACUGACUUGUUGAAGCCUAACCUCAGGGAGACAGUUAUCUGUGCAAUGAAGAUAGCCCAAGGGCCCCGUGGUCUGGCCACCUGGGAGACCUGGAGGCAUCACUGCCAAGGCAAAGACCUCAGCGACUGGGUGGAUGGCUGUGACUUGUAG